UCCUGUACUGCAAAUUUGUGUACGAACCUGUCAUGCAAUACCCAGAAAAUAAUCUUUUGCGUACUCUAUUUGAAUACAUUAAACACAGGGACAUAAAAAACAUUAAGAAAUUCCGACAGCAUGGCUUCAAAGGGAUAUUUCGACAACAUGAUGAAGAAAAUGGGGACACCGUUAUGCACCUGGCAGCAUUUAAAAGUGAUUUGGAACUGCUGGAAUUAUUCUUGGACGAAGGAGCAGAAGUUGAUGCCAAGAAUCAUGGGAAAAUCACACCGUUGAUGGUUGCCGCGCACCAUGGCUUUGUUGAAGUGGUUAAAUUUUUGAUUAAUCGAAACGCAGACGUAAAUGCUGUGGAUACCUUUUGGCAAAAUGCACUGUGGUACUGUUUUGGUGGAACGGAGCGCCAUGUGGAGGUGGCAAGGAUUCUAUUGGAGAAAGAUGCGCGACUGGAGCUUAACCAAAUGGGCAAAUCACUGCUUAUCCGGGCAUGCGAGAAGGGCAAUAAAGCUACAGAUUUGGUUAGCCUUUUGAUUGCGAAUGGUGCCGAUGUAAACGAAGCAGUGACGGCAACGGGGCGAACGCCGUUGAUUGAAGCUGCCAGGCGCGGAGCAGCCCAAUCUGUCAAGCUCCUUCUGGAAGAAAACGCUUCUCCUGAUAGUGUCGACGUUCGUGGAGUUACCGCUGCCCAUGAAUCAGCGUACCACGGUCAUGUCGCCGUGCUGCAAAUAUUGGCAGGGUACGGCAGUAACCUCGAUGUGCCAGCUUACAAUGGGAACACUCCCCUGCAUUUGGCUGUAUCAUCACAGCAACUUCUGGCAGUGCGCUAUUUAUGCCAACAUGGCUCGAAUUCCAACAUGAAGAACAAUUUGGGAUUGACCCCCAAACUUUUGUGUAAGAAAUACAGCCUUAAAGCAGCAGCAAAAGAAAUGAAGAAAGCCGAAAAACAGUAUAACAGCGUCAAGGACAAGAUGCAUUUGUUGAAUGCCUAUGAGUGGAUUCAAAGCAACAAGGAUAAAUUGCAAAUGUCUUUAGUAGUCAACAUGACACCCGACGGGCUGAUAUCCCGUGAGGAUGCCCUAGUGGCCUGUGAAAUCCUGCAUAUACCGAUGGAUCCGGCGAAUGUCGAAAAGGUCUUUGAUGUUAUUGAUGCACAAAAGACCGGAAAAAUGAGUGCAAAAGAAUUAUUAGGCGAUAAAUACGUUCCAAAGCCGUUCACAAGAGCUACCUAUGAGAAAGAGGAUCCCAGGGGAUUGAAGAAAGGCGGUAAAGGGGCCAAGAAAAAGAAGAAGCCGAAGAAGCCUAAGCUGAAGCUUCCAAAAGAGGUGAAAAUUACCAUUUCCUGUGGAGAGGAAGAAACACAUCCGAAAAGUUUCUCGGAUAACCCGUUUGUCAAUGUCCACAUAAUACCUAAUGACAACCUGGCGUACGCGAAGAAUGAUGGACGACUUCCUACACCGUUCUCGGAUGAUAAAGUAUGGAUAUUGGAUAAUAUCACUUUGGACGUUUCCCAUAUUAAUUCGCUUUGCCAGUCCGGAGACUACGACAGUAUCGCUCGGGCGUGCAGGAACGGGAUCAACGUCAACUUGUGUGACGCUUGCUACAAAACGCCCCUGAUGAAUGCCGCAUCUGCCGGACACUGGGAUGUGGUGCAGCUGCUGUUAACUUAUGGGGCGAAUCCGUGUGCAGUUGACAAUUUUGGCUGGUCAGCUCUGCAUUACGCCUGCCGAAAUGGACAUGCUGAGAUUGUAAACGAAUUACUGCAGAAUGGAGCUUUGGUUAACGCCCAUACGCUCAGCGGAGCAAGCCCGUUAAUGAAGGCCAUAGAAAGCAACGAUGUUGAAUCGGUUAUCUGCUGCGUGACACACGGGGCCAGUUUGAAAGCGAAAACCGUUUGCGGCCUUUCAGUUAAGGACUACGCAAGGACGUUUGGAGACUUUGCGGUUUACAAAGCCAUCUCUCGAUUCCUUAAGGCAUAUAAAGGUGGAAGAAAUCUUACCAACGAUAUGGCAGCAGUCGACCCAGAUACUGAACUGUUUUUUGGGAACAGAGUUUCGCCGAACCUUUACGGUAAAACCACCCGUGAACUGUUUCGGAAAAAAAAGGACUUGUUGCGUGAAAGUUUUGUCCGGCAAAUGCAAGCGGACCAGUUACCGUUACGCGCUGUCAAACCCAAAGCUGUGAAAGCGGUAAUUUCACCUAUUCCAGGUUCAAAUUCGCCAGAAAACACCGUACGUUUCAGUAGGUAUACAAACAUGCCACUACCACCUGACCGCAUUCCUGUGUCUGUGAUCGGAAAACCGCUGGGCGCAGUUGUUCCUGCCACUGAAUCACAAGACAAAGGUCAAGCCGGCCCAACUCCGGCGGUAAUGAUAGGAGACAACAAGGAAGAAAAAAACGAGCAAAGCAAAUUAAGUAUGGGCUCUCACGAUGACGGAGACGCGAAGCCGGUAGUUUCCCACCGCAAUCCUUUCACCGACUCGCAGACGCCAUACUUAAUACACAGCUCUCAAGACUUCAUUCCUCCAAGCACGGAUGAGAAUGAUCCGAAGCUGCAAGCAAAAAUAGACCAAGCCAGAAAGCUUUUCGCCCUGGCAGCAAAAAGAUUCGAGGUGACCAUUGGUGAGCAUUGCACCAAUAACGCUAUUAAUCCACAUGACGUCUUUGCAAUGGAACUGACAAAGUAUGGACGUAGCGGACAUAGCCACGCUCUGGCGAAGAGGACCGAGAUGGAAAAAGCAGCGUGGGCUUUCAAAAACCAUGUCGACGUGCAACGUGGUACUGAUCCAGUUUUUUAUGCGCCAGCACCGGAAGAUUGGUAUGUACCGACACGAAGCGAAAUGGCUGUGCGCUACCACAUGCAACCUGGACUUUUUGAUCGUGUCAUCAAAGCCAAUUCAGAAGAAGAUCCUCUAAAAAAGUUUGCCAGACAAGCCGAGUCAUUAUUACUGCUAGCGGAUCCCAAAUCUAAAACUGCCACCUCGCAGUCUAUGGGUCAACUUUCGAGAACCACAGGACCGAAACGCUUCUCGGUUGCACAGGAACUGCAGCGUAUACGUAAACUGCAUCCACAAGCGUCCGAAGAUCAAGAUCAAUUGCCGCGCAUGAGCUUAAUGCAUCGCUAUCUCGGUGAUCGCAAGCAAAAAGCGGCGAAGCGGUCAAUAGCAAACACACUGGGGACAGGGCCUGAUUUAUUUAAACCCAAUGCAAGCCCUAAUGGAUUUUCUUGAUCGUUCAUUGUCCGACGAAACACACUGUCACCAAACUGACCAACGGCACGAUCCGGUUAGGAGCAACUGAGCAGGGCCGCCAGGGCGGGUUAUUAGUUUACGUUUACAAUCGAAAGGCAAACUAUACGGCUUCCAUUCGUUAAUUAGACAAGUUACAAUAUAAACACAGAAAAUUACUAAACGCUAUGAUGUUUUAUAUGCUCUCAUAUCGUACGAUUUAAGUCCCGAUUAUGUGUGAACUGACAACGCUCAACGAAAACUGCAAAAC